GGGGAUGCGAGGGAGACUCUAACGACCGAGAGAAGGAGAAAGAGUUUCUUGUUGCUGCCCGGGGGGCGCCAUGGCCUCUGAGGUGGUGUGUGGGUUGGUCUUCAGGCUGCUGCUGCCCGCUUGCCUCGCAGCCGCUUGUCUCUUCAGGUACAACUUAUUGUCCUUCAUCUACCUCAUCUACCUCCUGCUUAUUCCCCUCUUCCCUGAGCCCACGUGCACCACCAUGCAGGGCCACACGGGGCGUCUGCUGCAGUCGCUGUGCUUCAGCAGCAUGUCCUUCCUGCUGUUGCACGUCAUCUAUCAGAUUACGGUCAACAGCCUCCUGGCCGGCGGCUCAAUCGACUCCGACUUCAACUGUUCUGCGUGGGAGAAAUCCAUCAGACAAAUUGGAUUUGAGAGUGUGAUCGGUGCGGACGCAGGGAACGGCAUCAGAGUGUUCGUACCGGACAUCGGCAUGUGCAUGGUGGGCGGGGCCAUCUGGUUUCUCUGUCGCAGUCUGGUCCAGAAGAGGCCGCCCGAAGACAUGGCUCAGGACAACGUCGACUUCCAAACAGAGGAACAAGAAGAAGAUGAAAAGCUGAGCCUGGAAGACCACAUCUUGCUGGAGGAAGACUCGGACGGAGGCUAUGAGGCGGAAGAAGACGAGGACGACGAGGGUGAGGAAGAGGAAGAACCCAAAGAAAGCGUCAAGAUGAAGAUCCUGCGAAUGGUGGCGGAGGUGGCGUCCAAAGUGAAGGAGAUCAUCGGGAAUCUUAUCACCACAGCGGGGAAGGUGGUGGUGACCAUCUUGCUGGGGACCACAGGGAUGAUGCUGCCCUCCCUCACCUCAGCCGUCUACUUCUUCAUCUUCCUGUUUCUGUGCACCUGGUGGUCCCUGCGCCGCACCUUCGACACGCUGCUCUUCAGCUGCAUGUGUGUGCUGAUGGCCAUCUUCAGUGCCGGCCACCUGGUGGUCCUCUACCUCUACCAGUUCCAGUUCUUCCAGGACUCUCUGGCGCCUGAAGACGGCUACAUUAGGUACUUCGGCAUGUCACCCAUCAUUCAGAGCGACUGCGGCCGCACGUGGAAGUUGAUGGUGCACUCCAAGCGCCAGUGGCACCACUUUGUCAACCCUAUCAUGCUGCUGCUGCUCUACUACACGCUGGCCACUCUCAUUCGUCUCUGGCUGCAGGAGCCCAUCGACCAACUCACAGACGACAAGAAGGAAGACGAACUGGUCGGAAAUGGGACAAACAACUCGGCCAACAGGAAGAGGCAGAUGUGGUGGGAGUCCCGGCAAAGCACAGAGAAGAAAAAUCUGCUCUCCACCCAGGAUGCCAUCAGUACAACUGAGACAAAGCGUCGACAAGCCCAGAUGAAAAAUGUUGUGCUCGGCUCCAACGGGACGUCCUUCGACUUCACGGUGACUGACAAUGGCCCGCGUUAUCUGGAUCUGUACGCCACCCCUCAGUACAAAGGCGACCACUCCGUCGGUCACUGUACAGGUCAGUCUACAGAGAAGGAGGACACAUCCGUGUACAAGGUGAGUCUUCCUCCGGAGGACGAAGAAUCGCCAUCAGGGGAGGAGGGGUCAGAGGGAAGCGGGGAUGCCCUGAGGAAGCGCGGAGUGGGCGCCAUGGUCAAAGUCUUUCACUUCAUCAUGAAGCAGAGCUACAUUUGCGCACUCAUCGCCAUGAUGGCGUGGAGCAUCACGUACAUCACGUGGCUCACCUUCGUUUUCCUCAUCUGGUCGUGCAUGCUGUGGAUGGUGCGCGACCGCCGCCGUUACGCCAUGCUGUCAUCGCCCUUCAUGGUGGCCUACGGCAACCUCUUGAUCGUCCUGCAGUACUUCUUCAGCUUUGAGGGCAUCGCGCAUGUGCCGGGACUCUCCGUGCCCAAGAAGAACCUCUUUCACUCCAUCUCCUCCAAGGUGUUGUGUUUGCUGAGUUUCUGGCUGCUGCUGAGGCAGACCCUCACAGAGAGGUCAGAGAAGCAAGAGGAGGACGAGGCGGGUCUGGUGGGCGUCAAGGUGGAGGAGCAAAAGCUGAAAGAGAAAGAGGAUCCUGAGCCUGAGGAUGAGCGGGAUGUCAUGCAUGUGCUGGGCAGCAUGGUGAUGGCCAUGUUGGUCAAGUAUUGGAUCUACAUCUGCGGUGGCAUGUUCUUCUUCGUCAGCUUCGAGGGGACUAUCGUCAUGUACAAGAUUAUCUACAUGAUGAUGUUCCUCUCCUGCGUGGCGCUCUACCAGGUGCACUACGAGUGGUGGCGCAAAAUCCUGAAGUACUUCUGGAUGUCCGUGGUGAUUUACACUAUGCUCGUCCUCAUCGCUGUUUACACCUUCCAGUUCCGACCCGACUCGGCGGAGAACAAAGACAGUUUCAAGGACCUGGGCCUUGAGAAGUUCUCGGUGGCUGAACUGUUCACCAGGAUCUUCAUCCCUACUUCCUUCCUACUGGUGUGCAUCCUGCACCUGCAUUACUUUCACGACCGCUUCCUGCAAUUGACGGACCUGCAGGCGGUGGUGGCCAAAGAAGAAAGCACCAUCUACAGGCUGGCUCACCCAGAAGGCAGCCUGGCUGACCUCACCAUGCUCAGCGGCAGCUCCGCAGAAGCUUCGCUGUCCCGGGGUAAGGACGACGAGCAAGAGGAGCAGGGCGAGCAACUGGUGGCGGUGGCAGAUGACUCGUCAACUUCGGCCGGUGGUACCAAGCCCGGCAGCCUCUCCGACGCGAGGCAGUCCAGCACGGACGACAGCCAGCGCUUCAGCGUGGGCACCGAGCCGGAACCCAGCACCGAUCAGAGCUCAUCCGACCUGAAGAGUAAAUGGCACCUGGUGGUGGACCGGCUGGCUGUGCUCUUCCUCAAGUUCCUUGAGUACUUCCAUAAACUGCAGCUGUUUAUCUGGUGGCUACUGGAGAUCCACAUCAUCAAGAUUGUCUCCUGCUACAUUGUACUGGUCUCCAUCCGAGAGGUGUCAUUGCUCAACUACGUGUUUCUAGCGUCAUGGGCCUUUGCGCUGCCCUACAGUCAGUAUCGCCCCCUGGCGUCCAGCGUGUGCAGCGUCUGGACGUGCGUCAUCAUCGUUUGCAAGAUGUUGUACCAGCUCAAGUCCAUCAAGCCGCUCACUUACUCCAAGAACUGCACCAUGCCGGCGGCCUACACCACCGAGCAGGAGAAGGAGAUGGAGCGCUCUUUGCUCUACAGUGGUCUGGUGGAUCCUGCUAACUGGGUGGGCUUGCACAAGACCGAUGACCUCCUGGGCUACAUCAGGCACAACCUCCUGAUCCUGGCCGUGCUGGCAUUUGAGGUGACCAUCUAUCGCCACCAGCAGUACUUCCGUCUGAGGAACAAGCUGUCCCCUCCCGCCGCCCGCAUCAUCUUCCAUGACGUGACACGCCAGCACCUGGAUGUGGGCAUCGUGUGCUUCAUUAAAUACUUUAUCAACUACUUCUUCUACAAGUUUGGACUAGAGACGUGCCUGCUGCUGGGCGUGAACGUUAUCGGCCAGCGGAUGGACUUCUACGCCAUGUUGCACGCCUUCGCCCUCAUCGUCGUCAUGUACCGGCGCCGCAGGAAGGCCAUUGCCGAGAUCUGGCCCAAGUACUGCUUCUUCCUGGCCUCCAUGCUCACCUUCCAGUACUUCGUCUGCAUCGGGAUCCCGCCCGCGGCCUGUAAAGACUACCCCUGGAGAUUCCCGAGCUCCACAACCGACUCUAACGUGGUCAAGUGGCUAUACGUUCCUGAUUUCCUUUCUAGGCCCAAUCCGUCCUUCCUCAUCUACGACUUCAUGCUGCUGCUGUGCGCCUCCAUGCAGAGGCAAGUGUUCGAUGACGAGAACAAGGCGGCCGUGCGGAUCAUGGCCGGAGACAAUGUGGAGAUCUGCAGGGACCUGGACGCGUCCUCCUUCAGCGUACACAACCCUGUUCCUGACUUCAUCCACUGCAGGUCGUACCUGGACAUGCUGAAAGUGAUCAUGUUCAGCUACCUGUUCUGGUUCGUGCUGACCAUCAUCUUUAUCACGGGAACCACGCGCAUCAGCGUGUUCUGCAUGGGCUACCUGGUGGCGUGUUUCUACUUCCUGCUCUUCGGCGGCGAGCUCCUGCUUAAGCCCAUCAAGAAGAUCCUCCAUUACUGGGACUUCCUCAUAGCCUACAACAUCUUUGUCAUCACCAUGAAGAACGUUUUAUCUAUCCUGGCUUGCGGCUACAUCAACUCUCUGAUCCCCAACAAGUGCUGGCUCAUUCAGCUCUUUAGCCUGGCUUGCACCAUCAAGCAAUACAACAUCAACACUAACCAGGAACAUCUCAAUGUGGACCAGCGGUGCGAGCUGCCCAGUGACGAGGCGGGCAUCAUCUGGGACAGCAUCUGCUUCGCCUUCCUGCUUCUGCAGCGCCGCGUCUUCAUGAGCUACUACUUCCUGCACGUGGUGGCCGACAUCAGGGCCUCGCAGAUCCUCGCCUCCAGGGGGGCGGAGCUUUUCCAGGCCACCAUAGUGAAGGCGGUGCGGGCGCGGCUAGAGGAGGAGCGCAAAUCUGUGGAGCAGCUCAAACGACAGAUGGAGCGCAUUAAGGUGCGGCAGCAGAAAUUCAAGCGUGGCAAGGAGAAGAUGCUGAGCUCGGUGCAGGAGUCCGCGGACGGGCAGACGGUUGGCCCGCCCCCUCCUGAAGAGGAGGACGAGGGAGCGCAGCCAGCCAAAGCCAAGACCAAAAAAAAGCACUGGUGGAGGCCGUGGGUUGACCAUGCUUCCAUGGUGAGAAGCGGCGAGUAUUACUUGUUUGAAACCGACAGCGAGGAAGAGGAGGAGGAGGAGGAUUUGAAAGAUGAGGAGCCGCCGAGGAGGUCUGCCUUCCAGUUCCUCUAUCACACGUGGAUCAAAGACCCCAAAGCGGCCCUGAAGGCGAGAGCCAAGGAGAAACGCAAGUUCUGGAAGAAAUACACCAAGGGAGUCAGAAGCAAGAAGAACAAAAAGGAGGCAGCUCACAUUGGCAUCGAGGUGGACGAGAUGUCUGACAGCCAAGAGCAAGACGAUAACAGCUCUGGUCCUGACAACAUCUUCAAGCGUGUUUACAACAUCAUCAAGUUCACGUGGGUGCUGCUGCAGACCACGGUGGACAGUUUCACUCGCUGGAUGAACGAAGUGUGCCGGGAGUACAUCGACAUCUCCACCGUACUGCGCAUCGAGCGAUGCAUGCUCACCAGGGAGGUCAAGAAGGGCAAUGUGCCAUCCAGAGACAGCAUUCAUGUGUACUACCAGAAGGCCAUGCGGCUCAACAUGUCACGGCAGACCAGCAUGGACUUGCUCACCGAGGAUGAGUCUGCGGAGGAUGAGUCUAGAGUCCGGCGGCGGCGGCGGAGAGGGUACCACAUGGAGAGCCAAGCUUCCACAGCCUCCAGGGACAGCAUCUCGAGCGCCUACACCGAGGCCACCACCUUGUUUUCCCGUCAGUCCACGCUGGAGGACCUGGACGGGAUACCUGAAAGCGUUCCCAAAACCAGCGAACGGGCACGGCCCAAACUUCGCAAGAUGUAUGGCCUGGACGUGUCAAACUCAUCCGUGGAAAGCGGGAGUAGCUUCAUAUCCAGACAGGGCACCGCGGAAACCAUAGAAGAAGAAGCGGAGGAGGAUCGGGAUCAUCGGGAGGAAGGGCGACGUCUUCCUCCGAAGUCACAGGACCCCGAGGAGCCUGAGGAUGAGAGCGGAGCGUUUGGCGAAUCUGACGAGGAUCGCCAGGAAGUUGAAGAGAAAAUGCAAGAUGCACAGGAAGCGGAACACGAUGAGGAGUGCGGUGUCUUCGAUGGUGGACAGGAAGUAGAACGUGAGGAGAGGAGCAUCAUCUGGGGGUCUUUCAGCCAAGAGGAAGUGCCCACUCACCAGCUCCAGGAGGACAUAAUCAGUGAGAGCGAGGAUGGAGAGGGGGAAGGAGGAGGACAGAGUGACUUUCCGCGGACUGAAAGCCACGCUGCGGGACUUCUGUGCACCCCUGACACGGAUGCCUCCAAGACGUCGGACGGCGACGUGCCGCCCAGCUACAGCAAAGCGGUCAGCUUUGACCGCUUGGAAGUAAGUGACGACGACGACGACACCGACGUGGACACGAGACGGCGGCACAUGCUCAUGACCUCAGACAGCCGCUCGGACAGCAGGUCUGAUAUUAUGCUGCCCUCCAUGACUACUGAGUUGACCGCCAGCGAGUUGCUGCUCAACAAAAUGUUCUAUGACGAGGAACUGGACCAGUCGGAGAAGUUCUACCAGAGCCAGCCGCUGGUGCUGCAGCUGUGCUACGCCCUCUACAACAUGCUGGUAGCACACUCUGAGAUGGUUUGCUUCCUGGUCAUCAUCAUCAACCACAUGGUGUCGGCCAACUUUGCCACGCUGGUGCUGCCCAUCACCAUCUUCCUGUGGGCCAUGCUGUCGGUGCCACGGCCCAGCAAGCGCUACUGGAUGACCGCCAUUGUCUAUACCGAGGUCACCAUCGUGAUCAAGUACUUCUUCCAGUUUGGCUUCUUCCCCUUCAACCAGAACAAGAUUGAGAAGGACAACCCAUACCACCCGCCUAACAUCAUCGGUGUGGAGAAAAAGGAGGGCUACGUCCACUACGACCUGGUCCAGCUCCUGGCACUUUUCUUCCACAGGUCCAUCCUCAAGUGCCACGGCCUGUGGGACGAGGACGACCCUAAGGAGAAGAGGGAGGCGUCCCAUCAGAGCGAGUCGGAAGAUGAGGGGAGUCGCAGAGACGAGAGUGAGAAGGAGUCGGAACCCGGUUCUGCCGCCAGCGCCUCGGGUGUUCGCGAGCGGCGGGGCUCCACGCAGACAUUACGCUCCAUUAAUUUCGGCACCUCAGUGGACUCGGGCCACGUGCAGCUGCAUCACCCGCAGCAGCCCACCUACCAGCGGCGGACCAGCUCCAGCGACGGUUCGCAUGUCUUGCACCGACCCCGAGCCAAGCGUGAAAGCGUCACAUCCUGCGGCAGCAGUCACAAGGACGGCAGCGAAGCCAGCGUUCAUAGGAAGAGUAAGAAGCAGAUGAUCCUGGAGAAGCUGAAGGAGCAGGUCUACAAGGCCAGGGCCUACACUGUCAAGAAGUUCAUGGAGAUCUACGUGCCCAUGCGUCAGUUCUUCUACGACCUCAUCCACCCUGAGUACAGCGCCGUGACCGACGUCUACGUGCUCAUGUUCCUCGCUGACACCGUCGACUUCAUUAUCAUCGUUUUUGGCUUCUGGGCUUUUGGGAAACACUCGGCAGCAGACAUCACUUCGUCCCUGUCAGAGGAUCAGGUCCCGGGACCUUUUUUGGUCAUGGUCCUCAUCCAGUUUGGGACCAUGGUGGUGGACCGGGCCCUCUACUUGCGCAAGUCUGUCAUGGGCAAGGUCAUCUUCCAGGUCUUUCUGGUCUUCGGCAUUCACUUCUGGAUGUUCUUCAUCCUGCCGGGAGUCACCGAGAAGCGUUUCAACAAGAACAAUGUGGCACAGAUGUGGUACUUUGUCAAGUGCAUCUACUUUGGGUUGUCGGCCUAUCAGAUCCGCUGCGGUUAUCCCACCCGCGUGUUGGGCAACUUCCUAACGAAGAGCUACAAUUAUGUCAACCUUUUCCUCUUCCAAGGGUUCCGUCUGGUUCCGUUCCUGACCGAGCUGCGUGCCGUGAUGGACUGGGUGUGGACGGACACGUCGCUGUCCCUGUCCAGCUGGAUCUGCGUGGAGGACAUAUACGCGCACAUCUUCAUCCUCAAAUGCUGGCGGGAGUCGGAGAAGAGGUACCCUCAGCCCCGAGGCCAGAAGAAGAAGAAGGUGGUGAAAUACGGCAUGGGCGGGAUGAUCGUGAUGCUGCUCAUCUGCAUCGUGUGGUUCCCGCUGCUCUUCAUGUCGCUCGUCAAGUCCGUGGCCGGCGUGGUCAACCCGCCUCUGGACGUCUCCUUCGAGAUCACGCUGGCCGGCUUCCAGCCCAUCUUUACCAUGAGUGCUCAGCAGAAACAACUGCAGGAAGUCUCGGAAAAAGACUUCACCAAUUUCGUGAAACAGUACAAUGACGACGAGGAGGCGCUGGAGUGGCUGGGGGGCUACAUGCCGGGCGACCUGGUGAUCGCCGAGCUGAAGGGCAGCUCCAACUCCCUGUGGACCAUCAGCCCCCCGAGCAGGAAGACCCUCAUUGACAUGCUGGCCCUGGAUGAGGACUUCCCCAUCACCGUGUCCUGGUCGGUGCAGCGCAACCUCAGCUUGGGAGCCAAGGCCGAGACGGCGUCGGGCAAACGGGUCACCAACCUGGGCAAGGACACCAAGAAGCAGCUGGUUCUGCUGCUCAGCGGAAACGACAGCCGCUCGCACGUGACCCUCAAAAACAUCUUCCCGCGCUACAUCAGAGCCCCCAGCGACUCGGACGCCAAGCCCGUCGAGCAGCUGUACAAAGACAAGAAGAUGCUGGACAUCAGCCUGAGCCUGCAUCAAGUGAAGACGGCCCACCGUCAGCUCCAGGAGUGGUGGAUCGUCAACCAGACGGAACGCGGCCCCAUCGAGAAGAGUCAGAACCACGACGCGUGCCUGGAGCUCUACGUCUUCAGCGACCAAGUCAGCCCGCCCAGCCUCGGCUUUCUGGCCGGAUACGGGAUCAUGGGCCUGUACGCGUCGGUGGUGCUGGUGAUCGGCAAGUUCGUACGAGAGUUCUUCAGCGGCAUCUCGCACACCAUCAUGUUCGAGGAGCUGCCCAACGUGGACCGCAUCCUCAAGCUGUGCACCGACAUCUUCCUGGUGCGCGAGACGGGCGAGCUGGACCUGGAGGAGGACAUGUACGCCAAGCUCAUCUUCCUCUACCGCUCGCCGGAGACCAUGAUCAAGUGGACACGGGAGAAGACUGAGUGAGUCGUUUUGGGUUUUUUUUUUUUCUACACUAAGACUCACUCGCCCGCCGGCCGCACUUUUUCCUGACUUUUUGGGCACAAAUUUUGCUGGUGCUGCUGUCGGCGGAUGAAACAAAGACUUUUCCUAACAUCAUAUGCUGUAAAAAGUUCCCACCUCCAAAGACUUUUUUUUUUUUUUUUUUUAAAUGCUCAAGCAAGGACCCUUAAAAGGGCUCAACACACCAAAUGAUCACAAUUCUUCUUCUUCUCUGACUGGAAUGCUUGGAACGGGGGACCGUGCAAUAGUUUUUAAUGACUGAUGUGGACGGGUGCAACACAUGAACACUGCCCCACCCCCACCCCCAC